AUGGACCACAGUGCAGGUAGCUCCUGGCUAAACCUGCCUAUCCCUCAGCCUUCAGACGUGGAGAACAGCCCCAAAAAACCCACAUCUUCUUCUGAGCCCAUCCUGGAUCUCAAGACAGACGUGACAGAAGCACCUCCAGCCCACAGCGACCCAGAGGAGCCAGAGAAAAAACAGGAGACAGCUCAAGACCCAGCCAACCCCAGCAGUGAAGAUGACUUUGCCACCUCCAAUGCCAACAGCCACGAGGAGCCCAGCCCAGCUCCAGCCACCGAUGAGCUCACCCCCGGCAGAGACUCCCAGUCCGAGGCGAAGGAUCCCAGCUCCACCGACUCCUUGCCGUGGCCAGCAGCCCCUGAGGAGUGUCCACCCCGCCCCAGCACCUUGGACUUCUCCAAGUCCCUGAAGAGGCUGGAGGAGGUGAAGCAGGCGGGGCAGAGGCGGAACAGCGACCAGGCUGCGGUGAAGGAGAACGGGGUGGGGGUCAGCCCUGCCCUGGCGGCACCGGCCGUGAGCGAGGAGAGGAGGGCGCUGGAGUCCGAGCUGGGCAAGUGCAUCGAGGACUUCCGCAGGAUCAAGAUCCCCCUGGUCUUCCCCAACAAGAAGAGGCAGUGGCAGAGCGAGCUGCUGAAGAAAUACCAGCUGUGAGGGGAGGUUUUGUCCUUCAUCCUGGGGGAGGAGGUCCUCCCACACAUGGAGCAUCUCCACCGGCGUCCCUCGGGUAGCAGGUGGCAGAGGCUGUCUACGCUCCCAGAGUGAGGAGUGGAGGUUGCUCAUUAAGCCCAUCCAGAGGUGAAAAGGGUGGCAAGCCU